AUGUUUGUGCAUCGUGCAUUGAGUCCACCACAAAUGAGCAACGCUUUCACGCGAAGUCUCUCGAGAUUAUCGAGGCGACGAAAGAAACGACCACAACUUACAGCAAUUGAAGAACAUCAUUCCGAACCUGAGCCUGCACCAAUUGUUGUGUGUCACUCAAUCGACACUGCCAGUGACGCCUACGAGAUCGAACAACAACGAAAGAGAGGCCUCUUCGUGCGCGGGAUGGACCGUUUACGGCGUUCGAUCCGGCACUCACUCCGACGGAAGAAAAGCCCCGAAAGAACGGCUGCUGAACUCGUACAACAAAGCUCAUCGCAACCUAAAUCAGAGCUCUGGCAACCGGAUGAGGGUGCCGUACGAGCUGGAGUAUGCAGUUUUCAUGUAAAAUAUUUGGGUGCUGUCGAGGUGUUUGAGUCGAGAGGAAUGCAAGUGUGUGAAGGAGCGCUUAAAUUGCUCAGGAGCCAAAAACGGCGACCAGUGAAAGCAGUUUUGUAUGUAUCGGGUGACGGGUUGAGGGUUGUCGAUCAAGAGAACAAUCGAGGGCUUCUCGUCGAUCAAACUAUUGAAAAGGUUUCAUUUUGUGCUCCUGAUCGAAACAAUGAUCGGGGUUUCGCGUAUAUUUGUCGAGACGGCGCAACAAGGCGAUGGAUGUGCCACGGAUUUCAGGCGUCAAAAGAAUCGGGUGAACGGCUGUCACAUGCUGUUGGAUGUGCUUUCGCCGUUUGUUUAGAGAAAAAGAAGAAAAGAGAUGAAGAAACGGCACAAGCGGUAAAGGGAAUGGCCGAGAAAGCGCUCAAUCCCGAUUGGGAGGAUCAGAAGAGCCCAUCCAAUGGAACUCCCGUGCACUCAAAUGGUCCAACGCCGUCAACGUCGACGAAUAGUUUCCAAAAAGGCGUCAAUCCGGCCUAUAAUUCGUUUAGAAAAGUGCCAAUGAGCGAACGAUUGCAAGACCCGCAAACGGCAAUUGUCACCUCCAGUACUUCGAAUCCAGACAAACUAGGGCCACUCUCCAACAUCGCUAAGCCUCGUCCCGUCGCCAAUCCGCAACUCUUCCAGAGACAGGGUUCUUUACGCGCUCCCGAACCGACGGCGAAUUUCCGGCGACAGUAUUCGUUGCGACCAUUGAACGGAGUCAGCCUCGACUCUACGAUACUCAAGACUGGAACCGGCGUCUCGUUGUUCAAUGAACCGAUUUAUGAGGGAGAUGAGGAGCAGAAUCGACCGACGACGAUGAAUGGUCAAAUUCCCCAUUUGGCGAACAGUUCAGGAUCUUUCUGGCAACAACAGCAACAACAAGGCACAUCAAUCUCUUCAUCAACAGUGAAUUCCCCUCGAGGCCAUCCAGCUUUUGUCGAUCCAUUGGCCACUCCAUCAGUCCCACAAAGCUGGAUCAACCCAGAGUCGACUGGUUCCUCUCAAAAUGAGCUCGUCUCGAUUAAUCAGGAUUCCUGGGCUGAAAUGAACGGUCCAACAAAGAAGAAAGCUGAUGAUUGGCUGGAAAACGCGUUAAGGAACAUCAACAUCUCACCGACUGCAGCUGUGCAAGCGCCACAACCGCUACAACAGAAUGGAGUAAAUGGACAUGCACAGGCUUCGAUGCUGAUAGGCUUCACCAACUACGGAUCUCAUUACGCGCCACCACCUGGAAACAACCCAGCCCCAACCCCGCCACCAAUUCCAGCUAGACCCGCUAUUUCGAAAGAUGCAAUCCGUUUGCUCACUUCACAGCCUUCACAACCAAAAAUUCCUCAAAACGUUGAUGAUUUCGGGCAACAGCGAUGGGAAAGUCCAGAAACCGUUCAAUGGGAACAUCCACCGCAAAAAGCACAGAUCAACCAAGCCGAUGACCCGUUCGAUGUACAGUGGAGUCAAGUGGCACUGGGUCAACAAGUGAAUACG